UGCCGAAGGGACUGAAAAGGCAAAAGUCUAUUGGAGGCUGUGGGAACAUUUGUGUAAAUUUGAAUGGUCCAUUCGAUCCAAAAUGGUAUCGUUCCAUCGUGCACUAUGAACUAGUGUCAAACUGUCAGUUAGUUUAAGGGCCGUGUCCACAUGUAUAUACAGUUCUGUUGCUUGCAUGGUUGCAAGAUUGGAUUUUUUUUUUUUUUUGGGUGACUUUUCCUUGAUUUGGCAUCUGGGUUCUUGAUGAUUUUGUGUUCCCUGAUCUGAGUUAUGGGUAUAACUGCAUUUGGCGAUCUGGGGGUUUGAGAAGUGGCUUUGUUAAGCGAUUUGGAUCAGUGGUUUUGAUCUAAAAAGGUCAUUAAUAAUCUGGGUUCUGCUCAAAAUUUGAUUUUCAUUAGUACUGUCAGGGGUGGGUUGGUUUGGUGCUGGAGAGUUUAUUGGCUGCUGAAAGGGAAAGUGAGAAAGGAAGCAUUUAAAUUUUAACUAGAUUGGGAAGGUUUUAGGGACCUCUGCAAGAUUGGAUUUUUGGCAUUAAAGAUUUGGGCUUUGUUUGUUGGCACUUUUUUAACUGAAGAAGCUUUUUAACUGAGAAUUACAGAGAUUGGAGGAUUGAUUUAAGGAAUUCGACUGGUAUUGUUCAGUAAAUUGUGGAAUUGGGGAGACUAAUUAAGAGCGACGAAUCAAUUGAUGAUUGCUUGAGAAUUUAGACUGAUUGAUGUUUUUCUGGAGUUGUUGGAAUCUUGAUAUAGUAUUCGACUCUUUAGAAUUUCCUGAUGGUGAUUCGUGAAUGUGGAAAUUUGCUUGAUAUAUUUGGAUGCUGUUGAUAUGGCAACCAUAUCUCCAUCCCCAAAUACGACACCUACUGCAGUUCCACCAGCUUCCUCCCCUCCCCCUACUCAGCUGUCUUCUCCUCCUCCCACUUCUCCACCACCAACACCAAGUCCGCCACCUUCUCAGCAAAACUUGGCCUCACCUGCAACUACUCCUUCAGCUUCACCCCCACGUCCUGCUCAAUCUCCUUCCCCUUCUCAAUCUCCUCCACCUAAUGUGACAUCACCUUCUCCGACACAGCAACCUCCUAUGGCUUCCCCACCUCCUACUUCAUCAUCUACACCUCCCCAAUCUACAGCUCCGCCUCCAGCCUCUAGUCCUCCUCCACCGUCAUCAAAUCCACCUGCAACCUCAUCACCACCUCCAUCGUCUGCAUCCCCACCUCCACAAGCUACUUCACCCCCUCCACAGUCUAGUUCACCCCCUCCUCCAGCAUCCGUACCACCACAGAGUUCACCACCACCUCCACAAGCUACUACACCCCCUCCACAGUCUAGUUCACCACCUCCUCCAGUAUCCAUACCACCACAGAGUUCACCACCACCUCCGUCAAGUAAUCCUCCAACCAGUUCACCUCCUCCACCAUCCGCCAAUCCUCCUACAAGUUCCCCUCCACCACCUCCUCCAGCUUCAAAACCACCUGGGAGUUCACCACCACCACCAUCUAGCCAGCCACCUAGGAAUUCACCUCCCCCACCAGCAUCAAAGCCACCGCAGAAUUCUCCUCCCCCACCGUCAUCAAAGCCACCGCAGAAUUCGCCUCCACCUCCAGCAUCUAAACCUCCACGAAAUUCACCGCCACCUCCUCCGGCAGAUCCUCCCAGUAACUCACCUCCCCCACCAGUGUCAACUCCCCCAAGUAACUCCCCUCCCCCCCCUGUCCUUACCCCUCCAUCUGGUUCUCCUCCAGGAUCUCCCCCACCCUCCAGUUCUCCACCAGGAGCAUUGUCGCCACCCCCAACAAUUCGGUUAUCUCCACCUCCUCCUGGUGCAUCACCAUUAACGCCUUCUCCUAGUGAUCCUACUCCCAACAGGGCGGGAACAAAUGCAUCAGAGAGUGCAGGAUCAACAGGUAAGGGCGGACUUGGAACAGGAGGGACAGUAGCUAUUGGUUUGAUUUUUGGUGUCAUAUUGCUCGGUUUGAUUGGUACAGCAGCCUGGUGCGUAUGGAAGCGUAAGAAAAAGGCUUCUGGACCCAAUGGGGGCUAUAUUUUACCAACUUCCUUUGGGUCUUCUCCAAAAUCAGAGUCUGCCUUGUUGGAGCUGGAGAAGUCUGCAGCUGAUACCAGAACUGGCUCUGGCAACAAUUUUGUUCAUUCACCAACAGAACCUGGAGGAUUAGGCAAUUCAAGGUCAUGGUUCACUUAUGAAGAGUUAAUGGAGGCAACAAAUGGAUUUUCACCUCAUAAUCUGUUGGGUGAAGGUGGAUUUGGUUCUGUAUAUAAAGGUCACUUGGUGGACGGAAGAGAGGUGGCGGUAAAGCAGCUAAACAUUGGUGGAGGUCAAGGGGAGAGGGAAUUUAGAGCUGAAGUUGAAAUUAUUAGUCGUAUUCAUCAUCGGCAUUUAGUUUCACUUGUGGGUUAUUGCAUUUCUGACAGUAGAAGGCUGCUAGUUUAUGAUUACGUCCCUAACAACACCCUUUAUUUCCACCUUCAUGGUGAGGGUAGACCUGUUAUGGAUUGGACAAUGCGUGUCAAGAUUGCUAUUGGUGCAGCUCGUGGAAUAGCUUAUCUCCAUGAAGACUGCCAUCCUCGAAUUAUCCACAGGGAUAUAAAGUCAUCAAAUAUUCUAUUAGAUAACAAUUUUGAAGCUCGGGUUUCUGAUUUUGGACUAGCUAAAUUAUGUCAAGAUGCCAAUACUCAUGUCACUACACGUGUUAUGGGAACCUUUGGAUACAUGGCUCCUGAAUAUGCUUCAAGUGGCAAAUUGACUGAAAAGUCUGAUGUGUUUUCCUUCGGAGUUGUACUUCUGGAGCUAAUUACUGGGCGCAAGCCUGUAGAUGCAUCCCAGCCACUUGGCGAGGAGAGCUUAGUUGAGUGGGCUCGCCCUUUGUUUAGUUAUGCACUUGAAUCAGAGCAAUUUGAUGAGUUGGUGGAUCCUAGGCUUGAGAAGAAUUAUGUUGAUAGUGAAAUGUUUCGAUUAAUUGAAGUUGCUGCAGCUUGUGUAAGACAUUCAUCUGCGAAGAGACCACAGAUGGGACAGGUUGUGAGAGCUUUUGACAGCAUGGCUACCUCAGAUUUGACAAAUGGAAUGAGAGUUGGUGAAAGUCAAAUAUUCAACUCUGCGCAGCAAUCUGAAGAAAUAAGAUUGUUUAGAAGGAUGGCAUUUGGUAGUCAAGAUUACAGUACCGACUUUUUCAGUCAAGGUGGUUAUAGUUUAGCGGAGAACGGUGAAAGUAGGUAAAGAUCAAUACCUUAACAAUCCGGUUGGGUUAGCAAAGCCAAGAUUCUCAUAAUGUAAACGCAAAGACUACUAUUCUUUGGUAUGUUUAUUCACCCUCAGACUCUGCUGUUCUCGAUUUGGAUUGUGUACUACAAACCCUCGGUUAGAUAUUGUAAAUAGGACCAGUUUUGGCUUUUGCUUAUAUGAGUAUGUAAUAUUCAUCCCAUUCUUUUUAUCAUAUUUUUUCCUGUAAGUAAGAUUUUGAUUCAAUGAAAUUCAUUGAGGUUUUUUUU